AUGUCUACAAUCAACAAGAACAAACCUUUUCUGUUCCCACAAGCUAACUCCACUGUCCUCCCUGACCCCUCCAACUUCUUCUCAUCAAAUCUUCUAUCCACACCCCUCCCUACUAACUCUUUCUUCCAAAACUUCUCUCUCAAAAAUGGUGACCAACCUGAAUACAUUCAUCCUUACCUCAUCAAAUCAUCAAACUCAUCACUUUCUGUUUCAUAUCCAACUCGCUCUUCGAGUUCCGCUGUCAUUUCGCAGGUUUUCAACAAUGAUCUCACCAUAACUUCCAACAACAAACAAAGUACUGAUGGAAAACACAUAAUCUCUUCUUAUAGUGAUCUUGGUGUCACCUUAGAUAUCCCUUUUUCAAGUCUCACUGUCUUUCUUGUUAGAGGAAGUCCCUAUUUGACUUUUUCUGUAUCACUAACCCCUCUUAACAUCUCCACCAUUCAUGCCAUUCUUUCUUUCUCUUCAAAUGAUUCCCUCACAAAAUUCACCUUUCAUCUUAACAAUGGUCAAACAUGGAUACUAUAUGCUUCUUCACCUAUCAAGUUGACUCCUCAUCAUUCUGAGAUCAUUUCGGACUUCUAUUCCGGUAUAAUUCGCCUCGCUUUGCUGCCCGAUUCCGAUUCAAAACACGAAGAUGUUCUCGAUAGGUAUAGUUCUUGUUAUCCUUUAUCAGGUAAUGCUAAACUCAGAGAACCAUUUUGUGUUGAGUAUAAGUUCGAGAAAGAAGGUUCGGGUGAUUUGUUAUUGUUAGCACACCCUCUUCAUCUUCAGCUUUUAUCUAGUACUGAAAAUGAUGUAACUGUUCUUGAUGAUUUCAAGUAUAAUAGCAUUGAUGGUGAGCUUGUUGGUGUUGUUGGUGAUUCAUGGACUUUGAAAACUGAACCUGUUUCAAUAACUUGGCACUCAAGCAAAGGUGUUAAAGAAGAAUCACUUGAUGAAAUUGUUUCAUCACUUUCUAAAGAUGUUGAAGGUUUAAACUCAUCAGGAAUAUCAACAACUUCGUCGUAUUUUUAUGGAAAAUUGAUCGCAAGAGCGGCGAGGCUAGCAUUGAUAGCAGAAGAGGUUUUUUCCUUUGAUGCUAUUCAAAAAGUCAGAAACUUUUUGAAAGAAACCCUUGAGCCUUGGCUUGAAGGAACUUUCAAUGGAAAUGGUUUUCUACAUGAUAGAAAAUGGGGAGGAAUUAUAACUCAACAAGGCUCUAAUGAUACCGGAGGCGAUUUCGGAUUCGGAAUUUACAAUGAUCAUCAUUAUCAUUUAGGAUACUUUCUUUAUGCAAUAGCAGUGCUUGUUAAGAUUGAUCCAUCUUGGGGUAGGAAGUAUAAGGCACAAGCCUAUUCAGUCAUGGAAGAUUUUAUGAACUUGAGUAUAAAAUCGAACACGAGUUAUACGCGUUUGAGGUGUUUCGAUCUUUAUAAGUUACAUUCGUGGGCCGGAGGGCUAACCGAGUUUACAGACGGACGAAACCAAGAGAGUACUAGUGAGGCUGUGAAUGCAUACUAUGCUGCAGCAUUGAUGGGAAUGGCAUAUGGUGAUCCUCAUCUUGUGACCAUUGGAUCAACACUAACAUCAUUGGAGAUUCUUGGAGCUAAAAUGUGGUGGCAAGUGAAAGAAGGAGGGAAACUCUAUGAAGAAGAGUUUACAAGAGAGAAUAGGAUAAUGGGAGUUUUGUGGAAUAAUAAGAGAGAUAGUGGACUAUGGUUUGCUUCAGCUGAGGCUAGAGAAGCUAGGCUUGGAAUUCAGCUUAUUCCAUUGAGUCCAAUUUCUGAGGUUUUGUUUUCUGAUGUUGGUUAUGUGAAGGAGCUUGUGGAGUGGACAUUGCCUGCUUUGAAAAGGGAAGGUGUUACUGAAGGAUGGAAGGGUUUUUUGUAUUCAUUGGAAGGGAUUUAUGAUAAUGAAAGUGGUUUGGAGAAGAUAAGAAGCUUGAAGGGUUUUGAUGGUGGAAAUUCUUUGACUAAUCUAUUGUGGUGGAUUCAUAGUAGAGGUGAAGCUGGUGAUGAUGAUGAUGAGUAG